ACGCCUUGUUCUGAUAACAGUGGUGUUUAUCUGGAACGAGCUCUUGCGGUCACUUUGGCUGCUGGGGUUUUCUGGAGUCGUAGUUUCGUUGCUGUUCGGGUCUUAAAAUGACGGACAGCUGGUAUCUGCUGCAGUGGGUGGAUGGGACGAGCGCUGUGUUGUUCUUCUGUGUGUUUCUGCUGCUGGUGGAGUAUCUGAGGAAUAAAGCGCCGAGGAACUUCCCCCCCGGACCCCCCACUCUACCCUUCAUAGGAAACCUUCAUACCAUCGACACCACCAGGAUCCACCUACAGUUUAUAGAGUUUGCUGAAAAAUAUGGAAAUCUUUUCAGCAUUCAGAUUUUCGGUCCAAGAGCUGUUGUUGUGAACGGAUACAAACUGGUAAAAGAGUUGUACGUAAAUCAAGGAGACCACUUUGCUGAUCGCCCAGUCUUUCCAUUGUUUCAUGAUAUUUUUAAAGAUAAAGGACUUGUCGCUUCAAGCGGAUACGCCUGGAAGCAGCAGAGGAGGUUUGCACUUACAACCCUUCGGAAUUUUGGACUCGGAAAAAAGAGCCUGGAGCCCUCUAUCCUUCUGGAAUGCCGCUACCUGAUUGAAGCCAUGUCAAAUGAACAAGGAAACCGGUUUAAUCCCCAGUUUCUGAUCAACAACGCUGUGUCCAAUGUGAUCUGUGUCCUGGUUUUUGGGAGUCGGUUUGAAUACAGCAACAGUGAGUUCCAAGACCUACUAAAAAUGAUGAACCAGGCUUUUUAUCUAGAGGGAACCAUCUGGGCUCAGAUGUAUAACAUGGUCCCACGAAUUAUGCGGCGACUGCCUGGCCCGCAUCAAAGAGUUAUCCAACUGUGGGGCAACGUGUUUAACUACGUCCGGGCCAAGGUAGACGAGCACAAGAUGGACCGUGACUUCUCGAAUCCCAGAGACUACAUUGACUGCUUCCUUGAGGAGAUGGAAAAGCGCAAGGAUGAUAAAGCAGCCGACUUUUCUAUUGAAAAUCUGUGUUUUUGUGCAAUGGACCUUUUUAUUGCUGGGACUGAAACUACAUCUACUACUUUGUACUGGGGCCUAUUAUACAUGACCAAAUAUCCUGAGAUACAAGCCAAGGUUCAUGCUGAGAUCGACCAGGUGGUGGGGUCUUCACGACAGCCGUCUAUGAUGGACAGAGACAAUCUUCCGUACACUAAUGCUGUUAUCCACGAGAUCCAGAGGAUGGGAAACAUCAUUCCUUUUAACUUGGCCCGUGCUACUUCAAAGGAUGUCCAGAUAGGAGAAUAUACCAUUCCAAAGGGUGCAUCUGUCUUUGGUAACUUGACAUCAGUGCUGUUUGACGAGACGGAGUGGGAGACACCCAAAUCCUUUAAUCCAGGUCACUUCCUGAACAAUGACGGCAGCUUUAGGAGGAGAGAGGCUUUCAUGCCUUUUUCUGCAGGUAAGAGAGUGUGUCUUGGGGAGCAGCUGGCUCGAAUGGAACUGUUCCUGUUCUUUAGUUCUCUGCUUCAGCGCUUCACUUUCAAACCACCAGAGGGUGUGGAGCCCAGCCUGGAGUUCAAAUUAGGAGCCACACACAGCCCUAAACCAUACGAGCUGUGUGCUGUUCCACGCUAACACACACUAAUAAAAUACUUAAUUUUAAUAAUAAAAAAAAAAAUACUUAAUUUUAAUUUUAAUUAUUGUUUUGUUUAUUAUUUUACAAUAUAAAACACAAAAAUGACAAUAUAUUGUACAUUGAUAAUUGGUGUAUAUUAAUAUAGUUCAAACUGUUUUCAAACUAUUGGAUAAAACAUACAAAAAUGGCAAAUGAUUUGUUAUGAGUUUGUAUAUUAUACUGUAUAUAAAAAAAGUUUAUUAGCAAUUGAAGCAUCUGCUCAUUCAACAAUUAUUAUCAUUUUAUAUUGAUUUUAAUAAAGAGUUUAUUUCACUUUACUUCAGUAAUAGUCCCUAUUCUUCUGUGGAGGCUUCACACUAGAUGUUGGAACACUGAUGUGAGUAUUUGAUUGGAUUCAGCCACAUGAGCAUUAGUAGGGUUUAGCCCAUUGUUUAUUAUGUGACCUUUGGCACACAUGUAGAAUAUAAUGCUUGCAUAAUAAUCAAAAUCACUUUUUUUAUUUUAUGUAUCUUUGCAAUAAAUUCAGUCAGUCAUUCAGUA